AGGUGGUUGAGGUUGCUGUUGAGAUCAACAACUCUGAUAUAAAUCUCCUAACUAUGCACAGAAAGGCACAAACAUAGAUGGGUGCUACUGCCUUCCUCUACCUCCUGCUGUCCCUCUGGGUUCAGGACGCAACUGCCGCUGAUCUUGGCUUCACAAGAAGCGAUUUCCCACGGGAAUUCGUCUUUGGAGCUGGAACCUCCGCAUAUCAAUAUGAGGGUGCUGUUGCUGAGGAUGGCAGGAGUCCGAGCAGUUGGGACACUUUCACUCACGCAGGCAAAAUGCCAGACAAAAGCACGGCAGAUGUUGCUGCAGAUGGGUACCACAAAUACAUGGACGAUGUCAAGCUCAUGUCUGAGACAGGCCUAGAGGCCUAUAGGUUCUCCAUCUCCUGGUCAAGGCUCAUUCCAAAUGGACGCGGAGCUGUCAAUCCUAAAGGGCUAGAGUAUUACAACAACCUCAUUGAUGAGCUAAUGAAUCAUGGAAUUCAAGUACACAUCACACUUCACCAUGUAGAUCUCCCUCAAAUUCUCGAAGACCAAUAUGGUGGAUGGUUAAGCCCCAAAAUUGUUGAAGAUUUCACAGCAUAUGCAGAUGUUUGCUUCAGGGAGUUUGGAAAUAGGGUUGCAUCAGGAUUGAGUCGAAAAGGACCAGGAAUGAGCGACUCGGUGGGCGACUCGGUGGGCGACGGGCGAGCGUCCCCGGCGCUGCCAAUCCAGCCGGAACCUCCGCCGCCCCUCUCGACGGCCGAUGGGGGUGGAUUGGGGGCCAACGGGAGGGGGUGUUCCCCGCCGCCGCGCCGCUCGGCAGACCUGCCUUUCGGGGAGGUGCUUCCGCCGCCGCCGCAUCGGCAGUUGUCGCCGGAUCCGCCGCUUCCUGGUGAUCUGCACCCGGCGCUCGUGGCUGUUUCUGCAGCGACGCCUGAUCUGCUCCCUUCCCCGCUUUCCCCUCCAGAUCCCUCAUCGGCGGAUCGGGAUUGGGACUUUUUGCAUCCUACGAAAUGGUAUGUGCGUUUUCAAGAUGAUAGGGAGACGGGGCGAUGGAUCAAUGGCUCGAUCUACUCGCAUCCGUCUCGUUGGAUGACGAUCCGGGACGAAGAUGGAGAUAUUCUGGCCGGACGACAUCUCAACGUUGAUGAAGAGCUUUCGAUCGGUAAGCGUUUAAUAAUCGAUUUGUUCCAUAUCGAGGUUCUUGAGUGUGUGCAGGCACCCAUGGAUUGCGACGAGCAACUCGAUGUAGUGGAUCUUACGGAGAAUGCCGACGGACCCAAGCCUCCGCAGCGGGUUGGAGGACGUUUCUGGAUUCUUGCUGAUGAAGAUGAAGACGAUGAUGAUCCACCGGAAACGACAGUUCGGCCACCAACUACGCUUGGCGUGGCUACAUCUACCUCGGUGCCUAAACCUUUGGUUAUCUUCAGGGCCACGGCAUUCAUCCGUAUGUGGUCGCUACUCACGUGCUUCUUUUGUAUGAUGCAGGUUCUUAGGACCGACCCGCCAGCUGGCCAGGGUCCCCCAAUAGACGCUCCAAAUGACCCCAAAGGGUUGCAGCUUGUACUGGAGUACCUGAAAGAAACCUAUGGGAACCUUCCCAUCUAUGUCCAAGAAAAUGGCAUGGGAUCUGCCGACGACAGUCUAGAUGACACCGGCUGGAUCGGUUGCCUGAGCAGCUACAUGGAGAGCACAGUAAAGGCGAUGAGGAAUGGAGCCAAUGUGAGAGGCUAUUUCGCCUGGGCAUUCAUGGAUUUGUUCGAGCUCUUGUCCGGGUUCCAGUCGAGGUACGGGCUGUACCGGGUUGUUGGGCAUAAGCCACCGCAGGACGCGUCGGGCACGAGCUAG